AUGGAUUCUAGACUUCGUGCGAGUCCCGAACAAUUUAGUUUGCUAAUAGAAUUUAUGGAAAACCAUGGUGAUCUUUCAAGGCCACAAGUUGGACUUCAAGGAAGGUUAAGGAGUGAACGCCUGUGGCAAGAGUUAGGUGACAUUUUAAACUCAGUGGGUGGAUGUGGUGUUAACAAAACUUCCGACAAAUGGAAAAGGGUAUGGGGAAAACCAUUAAGUCGACUUGAGGAAAGGGUGUUACGUGUAAUUGGGGUCACCGCAAUUACUGGAAGUCAAGCCAUACAAGAAGCAGGCUUUCAAGAACCAUCUCAACCCCAAGUGAGCAAUACAGCUGAUACAGCAGGGAGGAUGUCAUUACCAGCAGAAAUUGAGCUCUUGGCAUUACCAUCAGCUGCAGAAGAUACACCCAUAGCAGUGCCAGCAAAUGUAACAUCUCCACCAGCACAUCCUGUCAGUCCUGUGCCAGGGCCUUCAAAUAGUAGAACUAUACAAGGAGAAAGGUCGUCGGUAUCUGCCGGCCCUUCUACACCUCGUCAUCGCCAUCUCAGACAGCGAAGACUGCGACAAACACCAUUUGAUCGAGCCACCAGCGAGUUUAUAGCAAUAGAGGAGAAUCGGUUGCAUUUCGGAAGGAAGAGGGAUGUGCGUCAACACGAGCUUGAAACUGAACGACUCAAAAUAGAAGCACAACGUCUGCAACUUGAUAGAGAGCGAGUUCGGGUCAAAGAAGUCCAGAGGCAGACCUACGUGACUACAUCCAAGAAUUAA